AUGGCUCAAAUUGCACUCCUCAUUGUCCUGUUAUUUACCUUCAUAUCAUCGGGGACUGGCAGUGGCAUUCCGGGUGCAGAAUACGACUAUGGUGCUCACCCUAAAUUUGUGUGCACGCCCAUCCCGGCCGACGCAGACCCCAGCUGCUUCCCAGCAGGCAGUGCUCCGGGAGCAGCAGGGUCCGCAGCCAAUGGGAACGGACAUCACGGCCCAGGUAGCGGAGGCCCCAGCAGCUGGUGGGGAAUGCCAGAGGAUGCCAAAACCACCAUCCUGCACCUCCGCGAGAGCCUGGUGCAGCAGAAGGAGACCAUUCUGGACCAGCGGGAGACCAUCAGGGAGCUGACGGCCAAGCUGACCCUCUGCGAGGGCUUCGGGAGGGGGCUGGGGGGUCACGACGACCACCACGGCCCGCACCUCACUCACCACCCCUACCCCGACCACUCGCAGGGUCACCAUGGCAACCACGUAUCGGACCCUCUGUACUCUCACCACAGGAAGGCCGCUCUGGGGGGGGUGGACAAGCACAGCGGUGACGUCCUCUCAUCACCAGAGCAGAUGGGCAGAAUGCUGCAGGCCUUGAAGGAGAGACUGGAGAACCUGCAGCAGUCCAGGAACACAUCCAACUCUUACUCCAACACCCUGAGGGACCUUCUGCAACGCAAGAUAAAUGCUCUGGAGCAACAGAUGCACCAUUACUCUGACUCCCACGGUGGUGGGGACCACCAUGCCGAUGGUGACCACCACGAUGAUCGGCAUGACGAUGGUCACCAUGGUGACCACCACGAUAACGAUGACCACCAUGACGACCACCAUGACGACCACCACGAUGACCACCACGGUGACGGCCAUCCCGACGAUGACCACCACGAUGACCAUGACAAUGACACCGAUGGUCAUGGCCACGGACACCCACCGCGGAUAGCCUAUCACAGUCAGGGUCCUCGAGGUGCUGCCCAUCCCAACAAGCUGGAUGCUGUCCUGAACCAUCUUCACCACAGGAACUCUGACACAGGCCCCAGAAAAAAGCUGAAAAGUCCAGAUGCCUUUCAGAUAGGCUUUCCCAUGCGCACUAACUACAUGUACGGACGGGUCAAGAGAACGCUCCUCCAUGAAAUCUUCUCCCUCACACUCUGCUUGUGGUUAAAAGGGGCAUCAGGUCCUGGUCUGGGGACCCCAGUCUCGUACUCUGUGCCAGGGCAGGCCAACGAAUUGGUACUGAUAGAGUGGGGCAGCAACCCAAUGGAAUUUCUAGUCAAUGACAAGGCAGUAACGCUGCCUCUCUCUCUGAGUGAUGGAAAAUGGCACCAUCUGUGUGUGACGUGGUCGACGCGAGACGGGGCAUGGGAGGCCUACCAGGACGGGGUGAAGAGAGGCUCUGGGGAGAACCUCUCCGCCUGGCACCCCAUCAAACCUGGCGGCGUCUUCAUCCUGGGACAGGAGCAGGACACCCUUGGUGGACGAUUCGAUGCCACGCAGGCGUUUGUCGGGGAAAUUUCCGACCUCCAGUUGUGGUCCCAUGUGCUCACAGCUCACGAAAUAUACAGCCUGGCUUCAUGUGGGAGUCACCUGACGGGCGAUGUCAUUGCCUGGACCGAGUCUGCAGUUGAGCUGCACGGUGGUGUCACCAAGUACCCCUUCGACCCCUGUCACUAA